GCUGAAGGCAACCAUCAAUCCAAUCCCGCCAAAUGGUAUAAAACGAUUUACAAGCUAGCGGCAGUAACCGAAAAUCAACAAUCUCUGUCCUCGCCUGACCACGCUGACCUAAUGGAAAUCGCUGACAGACUACAAAGAAGUUUUACUAAGCCUUGGCUAGGAAUUCAACCAGAUCUUCCCAGACUUCAAGCGGUAGAGCAUUUGCUCAAGGACAGCCACCCACCUCUACCAUCCAUUGGCCAAGUCAAAACCGUCCUAAAACACGUAAAUCCUAGGAAAGCCACUGGGUCGGAUAAUAUCCCUGCAUGGUGUCUUAAACGGUACGCAGAAGAAUUAGCACCAGUGGUCCACGAUAUUGUGGUUGCAAGCAUAGUUCAAUGCAAAUAUCCCACCUCCUACAAGCAUGCAAUCAUUAGUCCCGUACCAAAGAUCCGUCCACCCACAGACCUAGAUAAUGACUUCCGCCAAGUUUCCGUGCUACCACAACUAGCAAAAGUUAUCGAGAAGCUACAGCUGCAACUCAAUAAAUCCAGUUUCAAGAUCAAAACAAACCAGCACGCCUUUACGAGCGGUCACUCCACCGUGUCUGCCCUUACCUCCAUAUCUCAGAACUGGUUCGACUCAACGGACAACUCCUCAACCGGUAGACAAGGUGUCCACCCCUAUUUGUUGAUUUCCGGAAGGCGUUUGACUUGGUCGACCAUAAGAUCCUUCUGGACAAGCUUGCUGAUAUGA